AUGUAUACGGCCCGAACGGCCACAUGGCCUAGCUCCAGACUUUACAUUUGGCGCUCUUAUGUACAGGUACAAUUACGGUCCAUCAUAAUAUCCUUACACAAGAAAAAAAAAUUAAUGACACAAAUAUCAUCCCCCUCCUCUCCAUUUUCUUGCCUUUUCCUCCUCCGAGAAGGCCUUAUGUUUGCCAAUGUUACUGGCAUUGGGAAUCUCUCAUCAUGCUUCCUAUGUGCAGCCUUGGGACGUCCUCCCCUGAUAGCAGUACCCCUGCCUCAGAUCCCUAAUUGCACCACCACUGAUAAUUCCCAUGGCUUCCACCCCAUCCCUGAAGUACCCUUGUUUCUUGACCCAGGCUGCUCCAAGUUUGAUUUUUGCUUUUCUAGUGUUUCCCUUCCCUUUUGCAACCAGACUGUAUUACCCAAUCAUCCUUUUGCUCCCCCUGGAUUUUUCUUUCGGUGCAAAGUCACUCUAUCAAAAAAUUUGACCAUCCCUAUCCCACAGGACAUGAUCUGCCUACCUGUCACUCUGGUCCCACAACUUAUGCCCAGGACCCCUGCGGACUUCUUGAGAUGGGACUUGCACCAGCCCAAGCAAAAAAGAGCUGUCUUCUUGCCCCUUGUGGCCGGAAUUUCCCUCGCCACCUCGCUGGUCUCUGCAGGCUUGGUGGGAGGAGUUCUGGGUCAUUCCCUCAUAACAACAGCUCACCUAUCCAAGCAACUUCGGGUAGCAAUCGAGGAUUCUGCAGUAUCCUUAUCCUCCCUCCAGAGGCAGUUAACCUCUCUUGCACAGGUUGCCAUACAAAACCGAUGGGCCUUGGACCUGCUGACAGCAGAAAAGGGUGGGACAUGUCUUUUUCUGGGGGAAGAAUGUUGUUAUUAUAUUAAUGAGUCUGGAAUGGUAGAAACCCAGAUAAAUAAGCUACAUAAACUUAGCCUAGAGCUACAUAAGCAGCAUUUCUCUGCCGCAGCAGAUGAUUGGUGGAAAUCAUCCAUGUUCUCUCUUUUGAUGCCUCUUGCAGAACCAUUAGUCAGCAUCGUGUUAUUUGUAACUUUGGGUCCCUUUAUAAUUGGCAGGCUAAUCCGAUUCAUCAAAAAACAAAUAGACUCCCUGGCAUCAAAACCUGUACAAGUUCAUUACCAUCCACUCGAAAUGUUGGAUCGAGGAUGUGAUCCCUAG